AUGCUUAAUUGCAAGCGCGUUGCUACGCCUGUUGAUACGAAGGCCAAGCUCCCUGCCACGGAUGGUUCUCCUGCUUUGGAUGCUGCCUUUUACCGGUCUACUGUUGGGGCUCUUCAGUACCUCACUCUUACUCGACCGGAGAUCCAGUAUGUAGUUCAGCAGGUGUGUCUUCAUAUGCAUGCUCCACGGGACGUUCAUUGGGCCACUGUUAAGCGGAUUCUCGGCUAUGUUUGUGGCACAAUGGACCUCGGCAUCACGAUUCACGCCUCCACCGACACCGUCCUUGCCGCCUACUCCGAUGCCGACUGGGCCGGCUGCCACGACACUCGCCGCUCCACCUCAGGAUACUGUGUCUUCCUUGGAGCCUCGCUCAACUCGUGGUCGUCCAAGCGGCAGCCUACGGUCUCUCGCACCAGUGCUGAGGCUGAGUAUCGCGCUGUGGCCAACGUCGUCGCUGAGUGUUCGUGGCUUCGCCAGCUGCUUCAGGAGCUCUCAUGUCCUGUCGACCGAGCCACGGUGGUCUAUUGCGACAACAUCUCGGAGGUCUAG